CAUGCCUUGAAAGGUCGACCUAGCUAAUUAGGAACAAUGAGCUGGCAGAGUGGGCAGGUGACAGCUCCCGAGCGAGUUGUGUUCCCACAGAACUUACAGUCCCGGCAUCGCAUCGAACCGGAGUUCCUUUGCGCGAUGACCAUGAAAGUGAUGUGCGACCCUGUGAUAGAUCCCACCAGUCCAGAAAACACCUGUGAGCGAGCUGCGCUUGAGGAGCACCUUGCGGAGUCGGGCUGUAGCCCUUUCACAGGCCUGCCGCUGACGCCGCAGCAGCUGGUGCCCUGCCUCGCGCUCAAGCGCCUCAUCCAGUCGCAGUUCUGGGACCACGUCAGCGUGCAGCCGGCCAAGCGGGCGCGCGUCGGUGCCGCCCCGCCCCAGGCGGCGAGCGCUGUCGGCGCUGCGGGCGCCGCUCCAGAGAACCUUGUUGCGGCAGGCUCAGCGGCUGCCGCCACCGCCGCCGGUGCAGUGCCGGCGGCAGCCCGGGCUCACGCCCAGCCCCCGCUGCCUGCCGCGAUGCCGGCUGUCGCUCCAGGCUCUCCCGCACCUGGCGCCGCGCCGGUGCACGCCGCCGCAGCUCCUGCGGCAGCAGCUGGGGCUGCAGUUGCAGCGGUGCCAGGUCCGGCGGCACCGGCGGCAGUGGCACCGGCACCAGCUCCCAUACGGGCACCAGCACCCGCGGGAGCGGGGGAUCCGGCGGGUCUGCAUGCGCCUCCUGAACCAGGCAGUGCGCCACUGCCGCUGCCAACCCCAGUCCACGCAGUUGCUGCGGCUGGUGCCGCCGCCGGCGCCCGGCCGCCAGCCACAACACGCCCCAGGACUGCACCAGCAGCGGUCACAGCCACUGCGGUCACAACCACUGCAGCUGCAGCUGGUCAGGGCGCCGACGGCAUCGUCCGGGCGGCCGCCACAGCUGUGGCUCCUUCGGCCGCCGCAGCGCCCACCGCCGUCGCCGCCGCCACGGCCGCGGUGAAGGCGGAGCGGGUGGACGGACCGGCGCCGGGCAUUGCGGCGGCAUGGCGUGCGUCGCGCCGCCUCCCCUCCACCGCAACAGCUGCAGCCGCAAUCGCAGCCGUCACUGCGGCUACCGGGGCGGUAGCAGCUGGUGCCGCAGCGGCUCCCGCGGCUGUCGCGGCUGGCACAGGCGCCGGUGGCAGUGCCGGUGGCAGUAGCAGUGCUGGUGGCAGUAGCAGGGCCGGUGGCAGUAGCAGGGCCGGUGGCAGUGCUGUUGUAGAUGGGGCAGCGGCGGCGGUGCCAGAGGCAGCCGCAUCGCCGCCAUCAGUGGCACCGCCAGAGCCUGCGGAGCCGCAGGAGGCGGCGGCUCUAGCAGCAGCAGCAGCAGCAGCAGAAGAAGAAGAUGCGGCUGUAGCAGCAGCAGCAGAAGGCAUAGAUGCGGCUGCUGUGGAGCAUGCGCCAGGAGAUGGUGCGGCUACUGCUGCUGCACCGGCACGGGGUACGGCAGCGCUGCACCAGGAGGGAGCCCUGCCGGUCGCAGAGCGGCCCCAAGCGGCGGAGCCAGUGCACCAGCAGCAGCAGCAGCAGGCCCAGGGGGCGGGGCCCGGGCGGGCUCAGCAGGAGGGUCAGCAGAAGCUGCAGCAGCGGCAACGAGAGGAUUUGGAGCCGCAGCCCUUCCAGCAUCAGCAUCAGCAACAGCAGCAACAGCAGCAGCCAGAGGGUCACACAGUGGGAGCGGAUGCCGCCGCGGUUGCAGAGGCCGCACACGCGGCGGCGGCGGAUGCGGCGGCGCCAGCGCCGGUACUGGGUGCAGCCCCACCACCCGCUCAGGGAGUGGGAGGAGGUGGAGGAGGCAGGGACGGGCCAGCGGCUACCAUUUUAGAGGCACAGCUGCAAGGGCAAUCGCAGGCGCAGGCGCUAGCGGAGCAGCAGGGUCAGCAAGAGAGGGGACGCGACGAACAUCAACAGCAGCAGCAGCAACAGAAGCAGCAUCGGGCGCGGCGCAACGCCCACGGAGCAGUCAGCGCCAGGGGCAGCCGACUUCGCAGCCACCUCGACCUGCCGGUGACGGAGCCGGCAGUAGCAGGUGCGGACACGCCGGCAGUAGCAGGUGCGGACGGCGGGCCCUCUGCGGCGGCAGGCAGCAGCCGAGCUUCGGAGCGGCUGACUCCACAUGCUCCGGCACGGGCACCGGCUCAGCCGCAGCAGCAGCCGCAGCAGCAGCAGCAGUCGCAGGGUCAGCAGCAGCAGCAGACCAGGGCUUGGCCGGCCGCCGCACUUGUCGGGGCUGGGGCGGCAGCAGCUAGCGGCGAAGCGGCCGUGGCAGCUGCUGCAGCUGGCGACACAGGGGCGAGUGCAGAUGGGCUUACGGCGGCCGCGGGCGGCGCGGCACCGCAGGCGGCGGCCCGGCACUCGUCGCGCGCGGCAGCAGCAGCGGCUGAAGCAGCGCUGACGGAGCAAGCGAAGCAGGGCACUCGCAAGCGCGGUGCGGGCGCCACUGCUGCCGGCGCCGCCGAGAGCGGUGGAGCUGUUAUUGCCGCUGUGCCACCCGGCGGGGACACACCUACGCGGACACGUCUUGCCGCUCCGCUUUCUCCCGCAGCUGUAGCAGCUGUAACCGGUACCAUGGCUGCAUUGGCCGCCGCAGCGGGUGGGAUCCCGACCCAUGGCAGCGCAAGCCCCAAGCGGCAACGUGGCCGGCCCCGGAAGCAGCCGCGCCUCGAUGAGAGCGUGGCACAUGGCCAGGCGGCGGCUGCAGCAUCCCCCGGUGGACAUGCUACUGCCGCGGCCGUCACUGCCCCCGCCGCAGCGGCCACGCGAGCUCGCGCUACUUCAACCGCCGCGGCCGCCUCAGCCGCCGUGCACACGAUCGCGUUGCCGCCGCGCCCAGUGGCUUCCACUCACGCCAUUGCGGCGGCGGCGGCGGCGGCGACGCUGGCGGGUGAGCCGGCACGGCACACCGUGACUCUGCCGCCACAUGCAGCCGUCGCCGCCGCCGCCGUACCCGCCAGUGGUGCUACUGCCAACACUGCGGUUGUCAGUGGCGCCGUCCGGCCGCAUCAGAGCUUGGCGGCGCGCGCGGCGGCGGCUAACGGGGCGCGCGGCGCCGCCGCCGGCACAGCGCUGCCGCGCCGCCUGCUAGUGCGCGGCGGCAUCAGCGCUGCGGCCGCGGCUGCAGCGCUUGCAGGUGCGGUGGCAGCAGGCGGCGGCAGCGGUGGCGGCGGCGGCGGUGCUACUGCCAGUGGUAGCUCGGGACUGCGGACGUUGUCAGGCUCCGCCUCUGCGGCAGCAGCAGCAGCGGCGGUGGUGGUGGCGGCACAACGCCGGCGCGGCGCCGUCGGGGGCAGCGAACAUGCAGGCGCCGGCGGUGGUGGCGGCAGCGGCGGUGGUGGUGAUGGUGAUGGUGGUGGUGGUGGUGGCGGUGGGACCGGCAGCACAGCGGCGGCGGCGACCGGGCAGUCACAUGACAGCGGUGCGACACAGGAGGUCAGCGAGGGAGUGGGGCCGGCGGUUACAGGGGGCGGCGGAGCCGCUGCUGUCCCUGCAGCUACAGCCGCCGCACCCAGCGCUACAGCCGUUGCGGCGGGACCCGGAGAAGCCAAGGCGGUGGCUCUGGAGGCAGAACAGUCGAGCCCUGGAGUUGCGCCGACCGCAGCCUCGGCCGCGCCGGAUGCGGCGCUUGUAAAUGGCGGCAAGGAGCAGCAGAUUCAAACGCAAGGACGGGGACCGGGUGUCACUGCGGCCCCGGAUGCCGCCGACAAUACCGAAACACCCGCACCAGCACCUGCACCUGCACCAGCACAAGCACCCGCAUCGGCACUGGCACCCGCAUCAGCACCGGCGCCCGCACCCGCACCAGCACCCGCGACAGCAGCAGAGAAGGCGGUGGCGGCUGUAGCCGCGGCCCCUGCCGCUGCCGGCAGUGAAGACGCAUCUCUGCACCGCACCCGCGGCUCAAAGCGCACACGGACGGGCGCGACCGCCACCAUUCCCGCCGCUGCAGACGCGGUGCCGGCUGCCAGCACUGCGCCCGCCGCAGCGGCGGCACCCGUCGCAGACGCCGUGCUAGCAGCUGCAGAGGCGGCGACCGCGGCAGACGCGCCAGCCGUGCACGUGAAUGCCGGCCCGGGGGCACCAACCGCUACUGCGGGCCCCAGCAGCGAGAAUCCCAGCAGUGCAAGUGCUGAUGGCAAUGGUGAGCGUGCAGUAGCAGCAUCUGCAGCACCUGUUGCUGCCACUGCAACCACAGCCGUUCCAGGAGGGGAGCGUGAAGACCGGCAGCAGGCAGGCACCGGCGCUGGGACGGCUCCGGCCGAAAUCGGUGCGGCGGCGAGCUCGGGCGCAGAAGGUGCGGAGGCAGCCGUGCGGCACACACGGGCUCAGUCGGCAGCCGUGGCGGCGGUACGUGCAGCACAAGCGGCGACUGAGGAGGCUGCCAAGCGCCGCGACACACGCAGUAAAGCGGCCAAGGUUCCGGAGGCGGCGGCGGGCACCGUGGCGACGGCGGCGAUGGCGCUCCCGGCGGUUGCGGCCGCAGCGGCGGCUGCUGCGCCGCCGCCGGCGGGUGGGCGCGCCAGCGGCCGCCGGGCAGGCCACACGAACGAGCAGCAGGCGCUGUCACAACAACAGCAAUGCCCGGCGGCCGGCGGUGGCAGUAGCACAAGCCCAGUGGUUCAGGAGCUACAGCCGACGGCGGCGCCGGCGGCGGUGGAGGCCGCCGCCCCCGAUGCGACGGCGGCCGCCAGGGCGGAUGAGCCUGUGCCCGUGCUGCCCAAGGCCCAGCCGCGCGGCAAGUACCCUCACCCCGCUCGCGCAUCGGGGCGCUCCGCGCCUCGGCCGGCACCGGUCCCGGUGCCAGGUCCGGCUGCAGGCGCGGGCGCGGGCGCGGGCGCAGGCGCAGGCGAGGGCCCGGGCUUGGGCGGGGUUGCUGCAGAGCCGCCUGUGGUGGUGGCUGGUGGCGCAUCAGCCACGCAGCCAGCCGCGCAGGAGGAAGCAGUGGCGACGCAGCAGCUGCAGCCGCAGGAGCAGCAGCCUCAGCAGACGCAGCAGACGCAGGAGGAGCAACAGCCGCAGCAGGCGCAGGAGGAGCAGGAGGAGCAGGGACAAGGGCGGCAGGAGCAGCAGGAAGAGCGGGAGGACCAGCAGCAGCAGGAGCAGCAGCAGCUGGAGAGGGCGAAGCCGGAAUCGGAAAGGGAGGAGGAGCGAGAGCAGCAGGAGCAGGAGGGACAGCAGCGGCGCCCGGCCCUACGGAGGGGCAGGGGCGCGGCCGCCGCUGCCGCCACCCUGCAGUCGCCCGUGUCUGGGCGCCGCACCCGCAGCACAGCGGAGCGGUCGUCUCCGGCGCCUACAGGGGGUCCGGCCAAGGGCGAGGAAACAGCGGCGGCGGCGGCGCCCGAGGCGGUGGCCGCGCCCGAGGCGGCGGUGGCAGUGGCGGCGCCCGAGGGGGCGGCGGUGGCGGCGGCCCUGGAUCCUGUUAUGGCCGGCGCUGCGGAGGAAGACGGCGAGAAGCAACAGGGGGCCCAAAGCAGUGUGGAGAGCAGGGAGGCUACCCAGGCGGCGGCAGCAGUAGCAGGCGCGGCACCGGCAGCAACUGCCGCGCCGCCGCCUGUAGUCGCCGCCGCCGCCGCCGCCGGUCGUGCGUCUGACCCCGAGCACGUGCCGAGUGCCGAUGCAGCCGCCUCGGAGGUCACUGCCGCCGCUGCGGCGCCUGCCGCUACUGCUGCGGCUCCCGUGCCCGCUGCAGCUGUAGCAACCGCGGCUGUGGCACCCGCGGCUGGAUCACUGGCUGCGGCAGUAGCGUCAGUGAGCGGUGUGGCCAGCAAGGCUGCGAUUAUGCUUUCCGCUUCGAUGCAGUCGGCGCUGCUAGGAGGCCAGCCCAAGGCGCCUACAGCUGUGGUGGCGGCUGCGGCUGCGGUAGCCGAGGCAGCUGAGGCUGAGGCAGCACCGGCGGGACCGACAGCGGCAGCUGGCAGCGAGGCGGUCGCGGGGACUGCGGCAGCGGCAGUAACCGAGGUUGGCAAGCCCGCUGGGGUGGCGGACGCAGGUAGACCCAGCACGGGGGGUGGAGCUGCGGUGACACGCCGGGCGCCGCGCGGGCGCAUGGUGACCAAAGGCAUGCUCCGACGCACCGCUCGGAGUCAGGCAGCGGCGGCUGCAGCACCAGCUGCAGCAGCAGCGGCGGCAGCGGCACCGGCGACAGCGGCAGCGGCACCAGCGGCACCACCACCAGCAGCAGCAGCAGCAGUAGCAUUGGCGGCAUCAGCAGUGCAAGCACCCGCAGAAGCGACUGAAGCGGCAGCAGCGGACGGCGAUCCCGCUUCGGAUGCGGGAGGCGUCGCGCUCGCACCGGUUGCAGGUGAUGCGACUCAGCCGUCGCUGGCGCAGCAGCAGGAGCAGCUGCCAACGGAGCAGGAGCAGGCGCAGGCGACAGUGCAAAUGCAACUGGGUGAGCAGCUGCAUCCGCAGCCGCCGCUGGAGGCACAGCCUUAUGCGCCUCUUCCUGAGCCGGCGCUACAAACGGAACCGCCGCAGGAAGCUGCUGCCCCAACCGGCGGCGGCGCCGCCGCCGCAGGGUCAGAGCAGCCGCCAGCGGCAGCAGCUGCACCACCCGGGGGGCGGCGGUCUGCACGACGGACACCAUUUGCAGCGGAGGCCGCGCAGGAAACGGCAAUGGCAAUGGAGGACGCGGCUGCGACAGAGGCAGCGGUAGCGGCAGCAAAGGCGCAGGUGCAGGCAGCGGCAAAGGUAGCUGUAAGGGCAGCGAAGGCGUUGGCAGCGGCAAAGGUAGCUGUAAGGGCAGCGCAGGCGCAGCCAGCGGCAAUGGCAAUGCAGGACGCGGCUGCGACAGAGGCAGCGGUAGCUGCACCGGCAACAGCAGCUGAAGACGCAGCGUCUGCGGCACGGCCGGCUGCAGCACCCGCAGCGGCCGAAGUGGCGCAGGCGCGGCAGUCGCGGAGGACGGUGCGGACGCGGCGGCCGCAGCCGGCAGCCGCAAAGGGCCCCGGUGCCCAGCGGCGGACGGCGGCAGGGCUGGCGCCGCAGAGUCCGCUGCGCUUCUGGGAGAACCCGGGCAAGAGCAGCGGCGCGCGGAUUGACGGCAAUGACGAAGCGGGGGGCAGUGCCGCCGAUGGCGGCGGCGACGCCGAUGGCGGCGAUGGCGAUGCGGAGGAGGCGGACGGCGUGGUGGCGGCUGUAGCUCAGGCUGCUGUUGAUGACGGCGGCAGAGCUGCUACAGCCUUUGCCAAUGUGUGUGCUGGCGAGGCCCGCGCUGACGACAGCACCGGAGGUGAGCCAAUGGAUGCAGCGGCGGCGGCGGCGGCGGCGGGCAUUCCGGGAGGGAGGGCGUCGCCCUUUGGUGCACGCAUCCCGACCCGCCGCCGCAGCGGGGCUCCCAGCCAGUCGUUGUCGCCACUGGCGGCGGCAGGCGCCGCGGUGGCAGCGGCUGCGGUGGCUGCGGCUGUCGUGGCGGCUGGCUCGCCGCCUGCGGGAGCUGACGGCGUUGGACCUGUCAGUGCCGCCGCAGCCGCCGCGGCAGCCGCCGCAGCCGCCGCUGCUGAGGAGCAGAGGCAAGAGCUGGAAGUCUUGUGGGAGGUGCGCACCUGGUCGGAGCUGGCGGCCGCCGUCACCGCCGCGUCCCGUGCCGGCGCUGGGUACCGAGUGGUCGUAGACCUGGCGGGAAGCAGGGUGGAGGCGCCGCCGACGCCUGCCACCAAGGCGGCGGCGGCGGUGCCGCCGGCGCCACCGCCGCCGGUGCUUCUCUUCACCACGCCUGGCUUGACUCUCAGGAACGGUGCGUUGCGCCUGACGGGCUUUGGGCGGCUGCUGGUGGAGGCGGCGGGGGUGGCGUUCGAGGACCUGGCCAUCUGCGGCCCCGGCUACGAGCCGGCGAGCAAGGCGGCCGAGGCGGGGCUAUUGGAGGUGUCGGGGUCAGGCAGCAGCAUACGCAUGGAGCGGUGCCGGCUGGAGUUGCUGGCCAAGUCGGAGGCGGCGGACUGGGCUGACGGUGCCGCCGGCGCAUCAGCAUCCAAGCGAGCUAAGGCCGGAAAGAAGGGCCGCGCGGCGUCGGGGCUGUCAGCUAUACAGCUCGGCAGCCGCGCGACGUGCUCGUGUGUGCUGGUGCGUGGAGGUGCAGCCGCGGAGCUGCGGCAAUGCGUGGUCCGCGACGCGGGCCGUGACGGGCUGCUCGGCUGCGGCGCGGGCGUCAAGCUGGUGGCGGUGGAGUGUGUGGCGUCUGGCUGUGCCGCGUCCGGGUUCGCGGUUACGGAAGGUGCGGCGGCGGCGGUGCGCCGCUGUGCGGCGUACGGCAAUGACGUGUGCGGCUACUGGUCUGAGGACGCAGGCUCAUCCAUGACCGUGCAACCCGGCUGCAUCGCGCACCGCAACGACUCGGGCUUCGCAGCCGCCUUCGGCGCCUUUAUGGGGCUUGUGUGCAGCAAGCUUACCGCAUCCCAGCCAGCGGCAACAGCAGGCAGCAGCAAAGCCGCGCUCAUCGCCAUCUGCAACGACUUGGAGCGCGCAUGUGUUGACGCGACCGGCGGAAGCGGGCCCGCUAUGCAGCCUGGUCCUGAGGUGUGGCGCGAUAUGUGGGCAGCACUUGAAAGCUCCGGACAGUGCCUGGCGCUAAGCAACGCCCUCCGUGGCUUUGCGGCGUGUAAGAAGGGUUCUCGGCUGCUGCUAGGCGAGCACUGCGUCUCCCUGGGCGACGGCGAGGGCUUUGCGGCUGUGGAGGGCGGCGAGCUGGGGGCGGGCGGCGGCUGCCUCGCGCUGCGCUCCACAGGCCUGGCCGGCUUCGUGGCCAGCGGGCCGGGGUCGCGUCUGGUGGCCGGGCCGGGCUGCCGCGCAGAGGCGGCGACGGCGGGGGCAGGCUUCAUGGCCAUGGGUGGAGGCACGUUAGAGCUGGGCGGCGGCUGCAGAGCCCUGCGCAACAAGACGCGAGGCUUUCAAGCCGCCCUGUCCGGCAGCGAAAUCCUGGCGGCGGCGGGCUGUGUGGCCGAGUGCAACGGCUCCGCCGGCUUUAUCGCCGAGCACCGCGGUCUCAUCCGCCUCGGCCCUGAUGCAGUUGCGGCCCGCAACGAGGGCAGCGGCUUCGUCAGCCAUGUGCUGGGCAGCGUGAUCGAGGUCGGCGGCGGCGCGCGGUCGGAGGGCAAUGACGCCGGUUUCAUCGCCUUGGAUGGGGGCGAGGUGGCAGCGGAGGCUGGCUGCGUGGCGGUUGGCAACCGGCACAGCGGCUUUGCGGCGCAGGGGCUGGGCGCCCGCACGCAGGCAGGGCCGCGCUGCCGGGCAGAGCGCAACGCCAACUCCGGCUUCCUCGCCUCGGCCCGUGCGCGCCUGGACGCCGGCGACGGCUGUGUGGCCGAGCGCAACACGCAGGAGGGCUUUUGCGCGGCCGGCGCCAAGCUGCGGCUGGGGGCCGGAUGCCGAGCUGUAGCUAACGAGCAAGACGGCUUCACGGCUUCCCGGCAGGCAGGCAGGACCGACUAUGAGGCAGGAGUGCUUGACGCCUCCGCCGGCGGCUGCGUGGCAGAACGCAACGGCGGCGCGGGCUUCUGUUGCGAGGACGGCGGCUGCACCCUCACCGCCGGCCCGGGCAGCGCCGCGCGCGGCAACCGCGGGGCUGCGGGCUUCCUGGCAAAGGACGGUGGCGCGCUGGAGGUGGCGGAGGGCUGUGCCUCCCGCGCCAAUGCCGGCUGGGGUUAUUUGGCGGCUGGCAAGCGGGCAACACUGCAGCUCGCACGGGGCUGCCAGGAGGCGGCGGAGGAACCGGGCGGAUGGGGCGCACGGGCAGCCAACAAAGCUGGGGGCGUCAGGGUGGAGAACGGCGGCAAGUUGCUGUAGCGUGCAGUCGGAGUAGGGGGCGCGCUGGAUGGCGCGAUGCGGUGCUCUACUGGGGGGGCUGUGAAUGUUGCGGUGUGACGAGUUGCUGAAGGGGUGCGACGCGGAUGGCCAAACGCAGCGUCAGCCGCUGACUAGGCGCGCCGAGGUGGUGACAGUGCGAGUGACCAGAUGGUGACGUGGCCUAAACACUGCUUUAUUCUUGGACUAUUGGACAUUGAUGGGGGGGAUCCUGUGGACAGGUGGCAUUGUGAAGUUGUUGUCGGCCGAUGGGCCCGACAGUGCUGGGCUGUUGUGUAUUGUAUUGAACGAUGGCGGCGAACUAUGCGGCAAUGAAAACGUUGUAGCGUUGUACAAGUCUGCGAGAGCUAGUAGCGAAUGCCAGCAAGAAGCUUGUGCACGUACGACUGCGUUGCUGGAAUGCCGUCAAUACAACACUGUAAACAAGUUACAUGUGAGUACUC